AUGAUUAAUUCAAUUCAUUAUCUAUCUAUUUAUCUUGACUCUUUUGAAGAUUAUCUAUCUAUCUAUCUAUCUCUCUAUCUUUCAUUCAGUUCAUUAUCUAUCUAUCUAUCUAUCUAUCUAUCUAUCUAUCUAUCUAUCUAUCGAUUAUUCAAUUCAUUAUCUAUCUAUUUAUCUUGCUAUCUCUCAUUUGGUUCAAAAUUCAGUUCAAUCUAUCUAUCUAUCUAUCUAUCUAUCUAUUAUUCAAUUCAUUAUCUAUCUAUUUAUCUUGCUAUCUCUCAUUUGGUUCAUUAUCUAUCUUUCAUUCAGUUCAUUAUCUAUCUAUCUAUCUAUCUAUCUAUCUUUCAUUCAGUUCAUUAUCUAUCUAUCUAUCUAUCUAUCUUUCAUUCAGUUCAUUAUCUAUAUCUAUCUAUCUAUCUAUCUAAUCGAAUCUAUUAUUCAAUUCAUUAUCUGAAUUCAUUUGGUUCAUUAUCUAUCUUUCAUUCAAAUUUUCAGUUCCAAAUUUCUAUCUAUCUAUCUAUCUAUCUACUAUCAAUUCAGUUUCAUUAUCUAUCUAUCUAUCUAAAAUCUAUUUAUCUUGCUAAUUCUAAUAUGAAUAUGUUCUUUCAUAUAUCUAUCUAUCUAUCUAUCUAUCUAUCUAUAACAGUCUUUAUCUAUCUAUCUAUCUAUCUAUCUAUCUAUCUAUCUAUCUAUCUAUCUAUCUAUAACAGUCUUUCAUUUAUCUAUCUAUCUAUCUAUCUAUCUAUCUAUCACAGUCUUUUAUCUAUCUAUCUAUCUAUCUAUCUAUCUCAGUAUGUUCACUAUCUAUCUAUCUAUCUAUCUACAAGAUGA